AAGAACAAGCAAUAGGAUCACCAACAGACGAGUGAUAAUUGCUACCACUAUUUGUCGUAUACGACCCCGUGACCCAACAGUGUCGUUAGAAUUGCGUGUCGACGUCUUGAGUUUCAAUCUUCCCUGGCACCGGUGGGAUGCUUUUGGAGUACGCUGCUAUUAAUGAAUUAGAGUUUGAUUGCCGGCCUCAACGGCAUAGACCAUCCUACCGACGGGAUGGAAAGGAGGCAGAGCUCAAGAGAACACGACCUCGCUCGCCGUGUACCGUCGUGUCUUCUGCUCAUCCAAACCACCGCCAAGACGAACACCCAUCCGGAUACGUGCACCAAACGCCAACAAUGGUCGCCAUCACCCUCCCGCUCCUAGCAGCGCUCGCAGCAACCCCGUCGCGACUAGGCAUCGUCUGCGCGCGCUUUAAAGAAUCUCUCGAUCCCUGGGCACCCGUCGCCGCUUCCACAUACCUCUACUCCAAAGGCGGUGUGCCCCAGAUGAACGACACCGUGCAACACUCCUCCUUCCGCUCCUACGUAUCCCUCCGCAACAUCGGACGAGAAGGCCACACUCACCUCUACCAUAUUGUAAACAACUACGACACCCUCGACGACAUCAUGAUUUUCACGCAGGCGGACCCCUUUGAUCUCAUCGCACCCGUCGUAAACACGACGGAGCAGAUGGUGCAGAAGGCGAUGAGCGUGCCCGCGGACGACGUGACGCCCUUUAACGACGCGCUGUUCCACGAUGUUGCGGACUGGGGCCGGAUCGACUGGAACAGCUCGGCGCAGAAACUGUGGAUCACGGCUAGUCAGAUCAAGAGCUUGCAGCUUGCGCCAUACACGCCGGCACAGUUCUGGACGAUGAUAGUGGGCGGAGAGCAUCCGCCGGCGAUUCGGGCGAUGCACGGCGGGACGUUUGCUGUGCGCCGAGAGACGAUACGGAAGUUGCCCAAGGAGGCGUAUCAAAAGGCGCUGAAUGAGUUUGAGACGACGAAUUCGACGAAUCCGGAGGUUGGGUUCUUCAUGGAGCGCAUGUGGGCUCCGAUGUUCUCGGAGAAGUACCGGCUGCCGAGUGUGCAGAAUCCGUGAUGUGGUGAGGCGUUCGGUCUGGUCGGAGGUCCACGACAGGCCACCCCGUGAGAAAAACAAAGCAAGAUCUGCAAAAUAUGAAAGAACUGUAAGCAAUAGAGCAAAAGGAAAUGGUAUUUGGUCAAAAAUGCAAAAGGUUACUCCUCGACGGGGAAUUGAACCCC